GGCUUCGAGCGGGUCGGCUUUUCGUUUCCGUUUUCCUCCUUUUCUCAGGCUCAUCCCCAGACCGGAAGGUGCGGGGGCCGAGCGACGCACAGACCCACCCACUCUGACCCCCUUGUGUUUGGCCACGAGGGCGCCCAUUCCUCUCCGGACCCCGCCCAUCAAAGCGGUUUCAGGGUACGCCUGUAUGGACGUAGCUCCCCAAGAUCCUUGACUCAGUGACGCAGAGCCUUUCAGGGUUGGCUGCAGGCCAAACCCCAGCCUCCCGAUGCAGCCUGAAUCCAGCCAGUGUGAAGAGGAGACCCCUUCCCUCUUGUGGGGUUUGGAUCCUGUGUUUCUAGCCUUUGCAAAACUCUACAUCGGGGAUAUCCUGGACUUGAAGGAGUCCCGCCAGGUACCAGGUGUAUUUUUUUACAAUGGGCACCCAAUAAAGCAGGUAGAGAUCCUGGGAACUGUAAUUGGAAGGAAAGAAAAAGAUGCUUUCUACAGUUACGGAGUAGAUGACAGCACUGGAGUUAUAAAUUGCAUCUGCUGGAAAAAGUCGAACAAUACCGAGUCUUCAUCAGAUCUGGCCCCUCUGCAGACUGACGUCAUAGAAGAGCUAGUUGUGUUUCUUUCUCCCGUCUUCUCUGGUGCUCACUUCCUACCGAGCCUGCAGGAGCGUGACUAG